CUAAAUACACGCCUCUUUUGUUGGAGUUGGAGAAGAGCCGUCGAGAAGGGAGAAGCACAGAGAGGAGAAAUCCGAAAAUGGUGAAAUUCCUCAAGCCGAACAAAGCCGUCAUCAUCCUUCAAGGUCGUUACGCCGGCCGGAAGGCGGUCAUCAUUCGCGCCUUCGACGACGGAACUCGGGAUCGGGCUUAUGGCCACUGCUUAGUCGCCGGAAUCAAAAAGUACCCGGCCAAGGUCAUCCGCAAGGACUCCACCAAGAAGACCGCUAAGAAAUCCCGAGUCAAGCCCUUCAUCAAGCUCGUCAAUUACAGGCACCUGAUGCCCACCAGGUACACUCUCGAUGUCGAUCUUAAAGAUGUUGUCACUAUCGAUUCAUUGGUAUCCAAGGACAAGAAGGUCACCGCCGCCAAAGAGACCAAGAAGAGGUUCGAGGAAAGGUUCAAAACCGGGAAGAACAGGUGGUUUUUCACCAAGCUCAGGUUCUGAUGUGGGUUGUUCAGUUAUGGGUUUGUUCUAGAUUUCUCUCGUAUUAGGCUACUGAGCAACUUUAUUUUUUUGUUCUCGAGUUAUCGUACGUUCUAUAUUCCAAUGUAGUUUGUUUUUUUGUGUUACGGAUUGCGCAAAUUACAUUUCAAUCAGUUGAAUUUAUAUUUAAUGUCUGAAGCCUGUGCAUAGUUGCACGUAUUCUUGUGGCUGUUUUUGUUUAAGUUUGAUAAGAGUAACUUUUACACAUAAGGACUUAAAUAGACAAGUUUUGGUAUUUUA